UAUUUUAACAAAAACUUAGUAAGUUGGUUACUUGAAUUAAUAUUGCUAUAUAUUUUAUUUUUGAUUUUAAAAGCUGAACGCGAGAGGGCUAUUAACAUUGUGUGCUGCGUGAACAGUAGCAAGAAAGCAUAACAUAAACAUUAAAAUUGUGAUUACUUCAAGUGGUGCUAGAUCCCAGGUUUUAUCGCUUUUGGCUACUACUACUACAGUACUAGAUAAUUAGACAGCUUUUUUAACUUUCAAGUAUUUGGUAGAGUCGUGACAAGUCGUAAAGACAUUGUAGAAAGAAAAAUAGAGCAAAGAGGAAGGUCGUGGCUUGUACCCUGAAUAUGAGUACAACAUCUGACCCCUUGCAAGGCCAUAUCCAUGUAGAAGUCAGUGAACAAUAGUGCUUCUGAAGCUAAUGAACAUGGAAAAAGACAGUAGUGAUUCUGAUAUCACCAGUGAAUGGUUGCUCUUAAGUUGGGAAGAUAAACCAGAGGGUAAUAAGGAGGAAGGUUUUGCAGUGACAUCUUCCACUGCCUUCACAUCAAUGUACACAAAAGCUUUUGAUAGUUGCAGUCCUAAACAGAACCAUCCACAAACAGUUGCUGAUGAAAAUAAAACUGAAGGAAGUGUAGAGGAUGGCCAUGGGUAUCUUGAGGAAGAAAUUUCAAAAAUUUCACCAGAUGUCAAUAAUAUUCAUGUUUUGGAAGAUGGAUCUAGUAGAGAUUCAAGUGACAUCGAUGUUCUUGGUGCAGAGGAGGAUGAACUGGGGGAGAAAAUGGCAUCUGUUAAUUCACAUCUGUCAGUUUUUGAUUUGUUAACUUCUUCAGAAUCUUCCAAGUUUAGUCUUCCAAAAGUUGAAAAGAGCAAGAAAGAACACAAUGAAGAUCUGUCCGAUACUUCUUCAGUUUCUAAAAUUCCAGAAGGACCGUCUUAUAAUGUUGAUCUCAGACCAUCUCACCGUUGCUAUGUUAAUACACCUAAAAUUCGACUAAAUUUUACUCUAAGUAUGGUGGCUGUUUUUGCUAUGACUACAGUAAUUGGACUUGGUGUUGGAAAUUAUCUUGGCUGGUCCCACCAGUGGGUGCACAGUAGUCAAGUCACCCUAGAUCCAACUGAUGAACUAAAACAGAUGCAAAAUGAGCUACUACAGUGUUUAAGAGAGGAAAAUACAGAGUUGUCAGCAUUGGGAAUAGAAAGAACUUUUUCUCAACAGGAAUGUUCUCAUGAUACACACUAUUGGAAGCAGAGCUUUCAAGUGUUUUUUAGUGAUAAAAAUGAUGAGGAGAACUUUCUGAAGAAGACUCAAAAGAUUCGGUGUAAUAAUGUGGAAGUUCCAUUAUCCUUUGCUGAAUUUUAUAAAGAGUUCCACAAGCUGAAGUUGAAUUUCCUUCUGAAGCUGAUGGAGAAUGUAAAGCUACUCAAGAAUUACAAGGAAGUGAAACAACAAGAGGAACAAUCCCAACAGCUAGUAGAUAUGUUAAAAGCAGAAAAUAAUGAACUGAGAAAUAAACUUGAACAAGAAAAUAAAGAUAAGUUCAUGGACAGCAAAGUGAGUGCUGUGAACAAUGAAAACCGUGAGUUGAAAACAAAAUUUCAGGAAGACAGAAAAAAAGAUAAAAUUUUUGAACAAGUUUUGAUUAAUCUUUAUAAAGAAAACAUAAAGUUGAAGACAGUUUUGUUAAAAAAACGAGCUACAGAUUUAAGGAAAGAAAAUAUUAAAUUGAAAGAUACACUAGUACGGGAAAGGAGUAACUUUGUAAACAACAGUAACUAUGAUACAAAUGUAGCUAAUAAAAGUUAUAAUGGUACUGAUUUAUCCUUAGCUAAUAUUGAACAUGUCAGUGAUAAAGAAAAAUAUGAAAGUAAUGAUAGCAUGAAACAUGUAAUAGAUGUUGAGGAUAGAUAUGAUUAUGGCAAAAUUUUGAAUGAAUUGGAAGAAAAAGUUGAAUUCUUGAAAGAGGAAACCAUGGAAAUAAAAUUAAAAUUGGACCAACAGGUAAGUGAUAAACAAGUUCUUAUUAAUAUGGAAAAAGUUGUUGAAAACCUGAAGAGGGAAAAUAUAAUGUUUUUGAGUGAUACUCUAACAAAAGAAAAGAACGAUUCUCAGGGCCAUGGUUUCAGCACAUUAAAACAACAGUUGCAAGCAAUGAUGGCUGAAAAUGACCUGCUGAAAUUAAAAGAAAUUGAACUUGAAUCCAAAAAGUCACCAGUAAAACAUAGUAAUGAAGAAUAUACAAAGCAGGAGAAACUAGUAUUUGAUCUACCCAAGAAAUAUAAAGAACUGAAAGAUCAAAUGAUACGUAUUUGGAACAAAAUAAAGGUAUACAAAUCAGAACGAUUGAAUCAUAAAUUACUGAAACAAGACAAUGAAAAUACAGAAUCAUUUGUUGCUCUUGAAAAUCCUGAUAAAAAUUUGUUGGUUCAGUUACUUGCAACAAAACCUGAUAAGGCACAGCAAUUGAUAAAUAUGUAUGAUGAUAUGAAGAAAGGAAAAAGUGACCAUUACAUCAAUGGUAGUGUUUCUUUUUUGGAAAUUAUUCCACAAUAUAACUGGACUGAUAUGUUUCAGGAUAUCUUGCAAGACAGCAACAAAGUGUUUUUCCAUCUGGUAAAGUUAAUGUUUAGUCACAUUAUGAAUAAGAGUGCCAAUCUGUUUGAUGACAGUAGUAGUGAGAAAAUGUUGAUUAAUUUUCUGAAAAACAUAAACAAAUUGGAAGAAUUUCCUAAAAUAAUACAGUCAGCAGAAUUUAAAAGUUAUACACAUCAAAACCCCAAGUUGGCCACUAAAAUAUCCAAGGUUUUUGGCAAAGCUUUUCACAAAAUUCAUGAUGCAUGUAUUCAAUUUCUGAAAGAACAAACAUCAGUAGGUGAAAAUCUGAAGAAAUUAGUGGAUAACAUAUUAAAAACAUUUGAUGUUCUGAACAGAAAAUGGACACACUUGAAUAAAAGGUGGGAAAAGAUAAAAGAGAAUAUGCAUGAUAAAAAUAUAAAAAAAGUAAGAGGGAAUGAUGUUAAAAUUGACAAGUUCCAAUGCUCAAGCAGUAGCUCCACUGAAAAUGUGAAUAUUAAAAUAAAAAAAAAUGAAGUGUUUGAUAAAGAGGAAACAUUUUUGAAUUAUCCAUCUUCUGAUUGGUUCUUUAUUAGAGCCAACGAGAGGGAACAGCAGCAUGUAAUAUACCCAUCUCAGCUGUUUGAUGAUUGGCAUGUUCGAAGAGCAAGAGGAAGGCAGCAUCAGAGAAACCUUGGAAUUUUUAAUCAAAUUGAAGAAAAUUGGUUUCUGAAACGAAAUAAAGGUCGACGUUCUUCAGCAACUAAUUUAUAUCAUUAUCAAGUAGCUGAUUCAUGACCUGAAUAUGGAAAAACAUGAGUUUAGUAUAAAAUCUAAUGCAAAAUAUUUAACUAAAUUUUGCUUGUCAAGAUACUAAAAACAGACAAUAUAUUUUUCAAAACAAAAACUAACUUGUAUGUACUUUAUUCUUGAAAUGUAUUGUUGAUGAUUAUUUUACCAUUAUAAUAAACAUUGCAUUGCAGGAUUCAGAACAGCCAUUUCUAAUAUUUUAUGUAAUCUCUUGUGGUUAAUGAUUUUUGGUUAACUAGAUUCAGAAUAGCUGUUUCCAGUAUUUUGUGUAAUCUGUAGUAGUGAAUUAUUUUUGGUUAACUAGUAUUUUUAUCAAAUUGUUAAAAGUGGCAGUUGGAGUAGUAUUUGACUGGUAGAUAAUAGAUUUUAAGUUUGUAAACAAUUCUAUGCUACAUACAUUUCUAGGUUAAUGUGAAAUCCUAAAGUGAUUAUUUUAUUGUAAAUUUAGAGAAAUUGAAACAAGUUUUAGCACUACAUGAUUUUAAAAUAUUAUACAAUUGUUUUUUUAUAACAAAACUAUGGUUAAAUUGGCAUUCUGGGUUUGUUUCUUAUCUUAGAGUUAAAAAACUUACAGGUUUACAUUUUUGUAGUUGUAAUGCUAUUUGCUAAAAAAUAACAUUGUUAGAUACAACUUCUCAUUUGGAAUAUUUUGUUAUUGACGGGUGACUCAGGUUUUUCAUUACAACAUUUUAAUUUAAAGUAUUCAAAGAAAGAAUAGUUUUUCCAUUCUGACACUAUGUUGUGAAUCAAACAUUGAUACCACAACUGAUGUAAUACAUACAGAAGUUUAAUUGGAAAAUUUGUACUGCAAAAUAUCUUAAAAUUUUUCAUAAAAAAAUACAAAAUCAAAUUGAUAUAGUACUUUAGUGCAAUAUUGUAAAUUUUGACUUUGGUACUUGUCAUUGGAUUACAAGUUACAUCAUUUAUUUUAUCAAUACACGGUGCUUCAUACGUUCUUCUGUUUUUUAAUUCCAAGAUUCACCCUUUAAUUUUUUAGUGAUAUAAGAACCCUCUGAUCUCUGCUGUCAUAUUCUUUCAGAAUAAACAGUUCAUUAUGCACUUUUAACUUUGGCAUUUCAAAGUAGGUAUUUUUGAACUCCAUGGUGGCUUGACUACCGUGUAUUGCAAAUAUUCUGGAUUUGCUUAUAUAAAACUGUUAAGAAUGCCUUUUAUUGCUGGCUUUUAGAUAUUUAUGUGAUCUAAUGUUUUACUGUCAGUAACUUAGUUUCAUGUUGUAAACAGUUUUCUAUUAUGUAUUACUGAUAAAAUAUUACUUUGUUAUUAAGGAUAUCUAUACAUUUAGUGAAAAAACCAGCUUUACUUAAUAUGUAUAUUGUUAAUGUACAUUAUUGUUGUAAGAUUUAUUUUAAUAGCCAAUUUUAUUUUAUUUAUCUUUUAAUAUUAACCCAGUGACCCAUGAUUGCAGUAUACUUAAUGUAAGUAAAUUUUUGUUACUUUUAUCCUAAAUACAAAUAUCCAUUAAUAAGAUGGUGAAUGAACUGAUAGUCAUUGUCAAUAAAUAUUUUGAACUUUGAAAA